GUCAGCUUCUUACAAGACUGGUAAUAAUAUGAAUUGAAAGAUCAUUUACAUACAGAAAGAAUAACACUGCUCUGAAGAUUGUACCCUGGGGAACUCCAAUAAACACAGUUUUCUACUCCUUGUUGUCGUCAAAUUCGACUAUCCUUAUAAGCAGUUUGCCGAAAAUCGCGACAUAGUUUAGCUUAGGUGGGACUUUGUCAAAAAUCUUACUGAAAUCGAUGAAGGCCCCCAUCCACAAAUUGCUCCGGACGUUUAGUGGAUUUAAGGAGAUCGAACACUCUAUCCUCGUUAAUCAAUUGUACGAGCAUUCAAGGAACAUUAACUAUACGAAAUCUUGAUGAUUCCUGCUGUCUCAACAGCCAUUGUAAUUUAUCGAAUGUAGUCGAAAUAACUGGUUCUUUGAUAAUCGAAAACGGUAACUGUUCUGGAGAUUUGUCGAAAUUUUUGCCGAAUCUUUCUAUUAUACGAAAUCAAAUAAUUUCAUCGGCUGAUCUUAACGAACAUAACCAAAUCUCCAGCUACAGUUUGAUUAUAAGGCAUACAAAGUUGAAACGUAUAGGUCUAUGGAAACUGAAAACAUUGAAUUCUAAUGGUGUUGCACUCAUUGAUAACCCUAUGAUGUGUUUUGUUGAUACUGUUAACUGGAAUGCUUUAACAACCAAUUUAAAUUCUGUAUCUACUAAGUCAUAUCGUUCCGCUAGAGAACAAAUAGUGCGGUUCAAUUUAGGUGAAUUUUGUCCCGAUCAAUGCUCAGCAAGUUGUCUAUCUUUUUAUCGAAAUGAUUCUUCUCGCUCCUCGUGCUGGUCUACAAAUUCAUGUCAAGCAAAGUGCGACCCUGUUUGUACAGAUAAUGGAUUAGCAUGUCAUGUAGAUAAUCCACAAAAGUGUUGUGAUUCAGAAUGUUCUGGAGGUUGUUCCGGUCCAUCACCCAAUCAAUGUUUAAGUUGUAAACAUGUUAAAUUAAAUGAACUUUGUUUAAAUCAUUGCCCUUCAUCAUAUUAUUUAUUAAAUAAUCUCUACUGUAUAACGCGAGAGGAAUGUAUUAAUCGUCAAGAAAUAGUAGAAGGUGUAAAUGGUAAAUAUUUGGCGAACUAUUCGACUUUUAAUUCUACAUGUAUACCGACUUGUCCCUUGGAAUAUGUGCGUCUAGCAUCUGGUGAAUGUCAAUUUUGUCCUGAGUCAAAAUGUAUUAAACGAGCUUGUGGUGAUAUAAAUGUGUAUAAAGUAUCAGAUCUUAAGCAAGUACAAGGUUGUGUUACAGCUCAGUCAAUCCUUAUUAGUAUUCGUGAUUGUGAAGAUGGUGAUACUUCAAAAUUUAUGGAUGCAUUCUCAAACCUGGAAGAAAUCUAUACUAGUCUACAUGUAAUAAGUUCUGAUUCUUUGCAGUCAUUAACAUUUCUUCGGUCUUUACGAAUCAUACAUGGAUUAAAUCGUGAUGGAAGUGUUCCUAACGGUCCAAUUAAAACUGUGUUAGAAAUUGCUUGGAAUAGUCAACUGAAGAGUUUAUGGAUUCCAGUUACUACAAAUUUAAUUAUUAAACGCGGACGAGUAGUGUUUACUUUAAAUCGUAAUUUAUGUCCAGAAAAUGUAAAAACAUUUAUUCACUCUAAUGUUAACUUGUCACGUAAUUUGUCGAAUUUGGAGUCUGAUUUAAUUGACAAAUCAAAUGGGGCUAUUGGAUUGUGUCGAACUCAUAGACUUAAUUUGUCUAUAAAUUAUGUUCAUCAACGUUCUGUAUCAUUUACUAUUACCAAUACCCCAGCAUGGAAUGACUUUCGUCAAGUACUACCUACAACUGUUUACUAUAGAUAUAUUGGACUGGAUGAACCGGAAUCAAACAUUGAAACAAUCUGUGAUAAGUCUUGGCAUAUACAUGAACCCAAAUGUCAAAAAAUAAUAGAACCUACGAGAAAUUCCUAUUUAAUUCAUGAAAUACAAUCUAGCAGUUUAAAACUUCAAUGUGAAGUAAAUUAUUUGAAUCCGGCACAGCGUUAUCAGGCCUAUGUUGAAAUACGUACAAUGUUUAAUUCAGAGGGAGCACUUAGUCAAGUAUUUACCUUUCAAACAAAACAAGACAAACCUAGCAGUCCAAUUGAUUUUCAUGCUUUUUCAUUAAAUUCAAAUAAAAUACAAUUGUAUUGGAAUGCUCCAGAUAAUCCAAACGGUCAAAUUGUAGAAUAUCAUCUUUGGUAUAGACGUUUAUUUGUAAAUAUUUCAUCCUUUGAUAAUGAUAUUUCUUGUACAGAUGGUCGUUCAUCUCACUUAAUCGCUUCAUCAACUACUACACAUGGAAACAUUGUAAAAAAUAAUCAAAAUUCAAAUUCACAUGAAUAUGUUUCUAAAACUAUCAAAGGAAUAUGUUCAUGCACUAGUUGUGCUGCAUUUUGUUUUAAUCCAUCAGUACAUCUGUCGAAUACGGAUAAGGAUAGAAAUACCCUUCAAAGAUUCAAUACACGUCAAAAUUCUUUACAAAAUUUACUAUUAUUUCCGAGAAUAAAAUCACCUGUAAAGAUUCGUGGAAAAAGAAGAAUAAGAAUUGAUGAUUUUAAUUCUUUGCACUUCAGUAAAAUGGAACAGCGUGAUUACGAUCAUUAUGCACUUAAAUGGGAUGGUCAUUUACGAAUCAGUGCCAAUUCAAAUACUGUUGAGAAUUCUGAAUCAAUUAACAGUAAUAUUAUAGGUGUAUCUGUUGGUGGAUUACAUCAUUAUACAGAAUAUUUAUUUGUUAUAUCAGCAUGUCAUUUACCGCAUGAUACCAAUGGGGAACCAUUGAAUACAAAUAAUUUAACCUAUUUCAAUGAAAAUAAUUACAAUGUUAUUGUGGAAAUGCCAUGGUGCAGUGCUCGAAGUAUUAUUCAACAACGUACAGAUGCUUCUAUCGGUGUAGACGAUAUUGAUUCGAAUUCCAUUCAGUUAAUUGAUGAAAAUCUUAUUACAAAUAUUAAUAAUAAUUGUCUAUCAUCUGAAUCAUCAUCAAUGAAACAAGAAUCAAAUCUAUGUAAUCAAAUGUUUAAUUUCACUUUUGUCAAUAAUUCACAAUAUAAUCACAUUAAAACAGGAAAAUUAUCUUCUCCUGCUAAAAUAUCAGUUAAACAAUUAAGAUGGAGGCCUCCAAUACAACCUAAUGGUUUAACAUUGCGUUAUUGGAUUCGAUAUAGACGUUUAGAUGGGGAAUCCAUAUCUAAUAAGCCGUCAUCAAUUUUAUCCAACGAUGGCAAUUAUGAAGAACGAACUUGGUCUUUAAUAUGUUUAAAUGCCAUUAACCUACCUAUUAUAAUAAAUCAAAAUAUUGUGACCGAUCGUUAUGUUUUUGUGCAAUUAUAUGAUCUGCGUUCCGGUGUUUAUGAAUUUCAAAUUAUGAGUGUUUCUUUAGCUGGAAAUGGUUCAUGGACUUCUGUUAAACGUUUCGAAGUGUUCGACACUAGUGUACAUUCCAUUUGGGAUUUCUUAGAAAAACAUUACUACAUUUUGGUCAUUUGUUUUAUAUUCAAUAUCAUUCUUCUGAGUUUGGCAGCAGUAUGUAUUCAACGGAGAAUUGCACGGAAACGACUGCAAAACAAACCAUGGAGAAAUGAAGAAUGGGAAUUAGCAAAUGCUGGCAUUUCCAAUGAAUGGAUAAUUCCCAUGAAUGAUUUAAUAAUAGACACUGAUACACCAUUGGGUCGAGGUUCGUUUGGUAUGGUAUACAAAGGAUGUAUAUUACGUCUAUCUACUCCAGCUAGUCAACAAUUAUCUAUCGUUGAUUCAAAUGGAAAUGUUAGAGAAACCACUACAAAUUCGAAAUGUUUUGCUUCAGGAGGAGGAUCUGUUGGUUUAGAAGUAGCUGUAAAAACUUUGUUCCCUGCUUCAACUAUAGAUGAUAUACGCGAGUUCUACAACGAGGCGUCAUUUAUGAAACAGCUUAAUUGCAAAUAUAUUGUACAAUUUUUGGGAAUCGCAUUAAGACAACCAUCAACUCAUCCUGUUAUAAUCAUGGAAUAUAUGGCUUUUGGAGAUUUAGCUACAUAUUUACGUCAACAAAUGUCAAAAGAUGAUUGUCCACAAGGAUCAAUCGAUAUUCAACUUGCAAUUAAUUGGGCUAUACAAUUAGCUACUGGUAUGAAUUAUUUGACCGAAUUACAUAUUAUACAUCGUGAUUUAGCUGCACGAAAUUGUUUAGUCAGUUCUAUGUUAACUGUGAAAAUUGCAGAUUUUGGUUUAGCUCGUCUUGUAAAUAAUCAAGAAUAUUAUAGAAAAAUUGGACAAGCCCGUUUACCUGUACGUUGGAUGGCACCAGAAACUUUAUCAUCUGCAUACUUUACCACUAAAUCUGAUGUUUGGUCAUAUGGUGUUGUAUUAUGGGAAAUAGCUACAUUUGCCUCUUUACCAUAUCCCGGUUUAUCACAUGAAGAAGUUAUGAAAUUCGUAUGUGAAGGUGGACAUUUAAAUCUACCGGAAUUUACAACAAAAUUACCUGAUAUUUUUUAAUAAAACUCUGUGACGAACAAUCACUGAAUCAAUAUGUAAUUGAAUUAGCUUGGAUGUAAAUUUAUUCUGCUUUGGUUUCGUUCAAUAAAUCGUCUUCAGAAUAGCUGACGGGAGGGGCUAGAAGCAGAAAGAGCUGCUGUACAUGAUAUCACUAUUAUCGUUAUAAUUAUCACCGUAUAUUCUCCUCCGUUAUAUUGAAGUUUGACUUAUUCUACAUUGACCUUGUUUUCUAUAUCAACAACAGAUGGCAUCUUUAUACAUAACCAACUUAUAUUCAAAAUGUUAGUUUGAUGGAUAGAAAGAAGACAACAAGAUAAAACAUGUUAACUACACAUAAAACAGUUACGAGUGCACUUUCUUUUUAAAAAAAAAACUUUAUUUUCAUUAAAAUUGUCAGAAUAACAAUAAGAAACCAAGC